AUGGAGGAUCGGUCUAGGGUUUGCGAGCUCUGCUCGGGAUCACCGGACGUUUACUGCAACUCCGACGACGCCUUCCUCUGCUUCCACUGCGACGCCAGAGUCCACCACGCCAACUUCCUCGUCUCCCGCCACGUCCGCCUCUUGCUCUGCCGGAGCUGCGGCUGCCUCACUCCCAACUCCAUUUUCGGACCCCGAUCGGCCGCCUGCGCGGCCUGCUCAACGUCGGAGCUGGAAAUCGCUUCUCCGGAUCAAGAAUCGGACUCGAUCUCCUGCUGCUCGUCCUCCAACAAGUCCGAAUCGGGGAGCUCCACUGCGAAAUCGAAAGUCCUCCGCUCCGACGAGGCGGUGGACCAGCAGGUUAAAACGUCGAGAUCUGGAGUCUGCGAGGGGGAGAUCGGGGCCGUUUUCGCGAAUUGGUGCGGGAAGCUGGGGGUGGACGGCGGCGAGAUGGUGGAGGCGAAGGCGGUUCAGGCGAUGGGAUUGUUGUGCACGGGGCGGCGGCUCGGGAGAGUGCUGCCGCUGCGACUGAGCUUAGCGGCGGGGUUUUGGUUCGGAGUGAGGGGCGGAUCGGGUGACACGCGGCGGAACCUGCGGAGGCUGGCGCAAGAGUCCGGCGUGCCGGCGGAGCUGAUCGUGAAGGUGGUGGCCAAGCUUGAACAGGGGUUGUUGAAAGGCCGUGGCGGAGCGCGGCGGCGACCGGAGCCGGAGGAAGGUUGGGCGGAGUCCCUUGCUUGA